AUGACGAGGAUCUACAGUCCGACGCUCCUCUGUUCCAGCUGCCGCUAUCCUGGCCCGUCUGGAUGGCUGUACCAGUGCACGCAAGAUAGAGAAGACCUGAUCGAGCACGCUGUGAAGCAGGGAGAGUUUGUCAAUAUGGAUCAUAUCGGCUGUCAACUUACCCCAAUGAUGGGCAUUCGAAAAGGAAGUCCUGCUGCUCGCGAGGACCGACUCAGCUUCUUCAAGGAGAUUAGCCAAAAACAACUUGCAAGUUACCAGCCCGAUCAAAUUGCAAAGAUACUACGACAGCGUGAAAACGUCCAACUUGCUAUCCAGCGAGACAAGAUUCAAAAGAACAGUGCCGCGAUCCUCAGCCGCCUCGCUCAGCCCUACGGAUUAGAUAGUGCGUCUUGUAGCAUUGGGCUUCAAAAGCCGUGGCUGUGUAGCCCGCAGGAGGAAUGCCAGUAUCGCGUCUGCCAAAGCUGUCGGCCUGGCUGCGCAGACCGCGCAUUUCUCAGCCUCAACGCCGUUGCUAAUGGAGAGGUGCCCCCUACUGCCGCAGCUGGAUAUAGUUUCCACCUCCUGGGCCAGCGGCCUGUCAUAGAUGCGAGGAACCUCCUGGAUAUGGGCUGUCGUCCAGUGCCCUUGUCUCGCUCUUCUCCUGCUAGCACGGAACACGACUCUCCUGCAUCGACGAUGAGUGUCAUGGACUUGCUCGACGCGCAGAUCGCCCGUGGACGUAUUCUGUGGACAAGAAGACAAGACGACGCCGAGAUAGAAGAGUAUGAUGCCGACUUUGACUGGUCCCUUACGCCUACGAUAUCCAGCAUCACUUCUGGCCAUUUAAAGUACUCUCCUGGAUGCGAGAAUCUAGGAGUGCUUUCAGAAAAUGCAUCGGCCACGUUUGACCCACAGCAAUGGACGCCUCCUCCUUCAGAGAACGAUCUGCCUGGGAAUGAGGCUACGGAAGAUGAUUACAGUGGCACUCCUUCGAGAGCCCAGAGUGCACCAUCGCCCAAAGAAGAUGUCUCUCAGUCAACUGAAGGUCUCAUCAUCGGCCAUGUUCGCGAGCUGAGUCUUGACGAAUCGUUAAACAAAGCAACACUGGGACCAUCUCAGUCAACCAACGAAAACUUUACCCCGUCUCCCCUCAAAGUGCCCCAUGGGGUAGCCAUGCUGGAAGAGAGCGUCGAGCUAGGGGUUCCAGAUGUCAUUACGCAGGCUUGA